AUUGUAACAUCUCCGCUUGGUGUAAGAAGUAACGGAAUUUUUAACAAACUAGUAUAAAAGCCAGAAGAAUUUUAUAAAGUGGUAUCAGUUCACCUUUGGGUUUAUACAGAUAGAAUUAGAGCGCACGUUGAAUUUUUUCUGAAAAAUGGCAUUCAAGACUCUCCUAAUUCUUAUUGUCGUUAGUUAUGCUGAAGCUGGAUUUUUAUCAGGAGCCCAACUCGGUUUGGGACUUACAGGUGGACAUGUAGAUGUUGUCAACUCAUCUCCAGUCGUACUUGGUCAACCUGUGUUGGCCCGAGAAGAACCUUUCGAUUCACACCCACAGUACAGUUUCAAUUAUGGCGUUGAGGAUAGACUUACCGGCGAUUCGAAAAGUCAAACGGAAGCUCGCGAUGGCGAUGUUGUCAGCGGUGAAUAUUCCCUGUUGGAUGCGGAUGGUCUUCAAAGGAUUGUGAAAUAUACAGCUGAUCCUAUUAAUGGUUUUAAUGCAGUAGUGAGCCGGGAACCAGUUGCUGCCACCGCAGUUGCUCCUGUUUCUGCAACCCCAAUCGCCGCAGCUGCUGUUGCUCCAGCUUCUUUGGCUCCUGCUGUGAUAUCACCUGUAGCCACAGCUGCUGUUACUCCCAUAGCCGCCGCUCCCUUGUUCCAUUCAGCUGCUGUAAGAGCUGACGUUGCUCCAGUAUCAAGUAUAUCGCAUUACGGAGCUCGGACCUAUGCAGUUGGAGCCACUCAGUUAAACCUUGCAGCAGCUCCUUUGGCAGCUUCAUAUUCAGUGGUUUCAUCUUAUCCUGGAGCUGCUUACACACCUUUAGCGCAAACAUACGCUGCUUCUCCAAUUUAUGCCGCCCGCUUCCCUGUUUUUAAUAAUGGAUUCAGGACACUCCUUCACCAUUGAAUAUACAAUUGAUUUCUAUACUAAAAGUAACUUCCAUACCACAAUACCUAUCUAUAAUUAUAAUAAUUCAGAAUAAUAAAAUCAUGUUAACCGAUGAAUGUAAGCCAGUGGUAUAAUUUGUAUGUGAGUCAUAUAUAGUUUAUGAAUCAAAUACAUUUUUGGUAUUA